CCACCACAACCAGCACCAAACCAGUGCCUCCCACCUCUGGCACCUCUUCCAUGGGGUCCUCAGCUGUGCCUCCCAGCCCACAUCAGAGCAGCACCAGCAACGCCACUGGGAUGCCCUUGGCCACCACAUCCCACCCAUCCACAGCCCUGGUGUCCUCCUCUCCAUCCUCCACUGCUGGCAUUGCUCAGUUCCCUGCUGGGACAGAGACACAGGGCCCAGCUACCCCCACGCCUGUGGCUUCCACCUCUCCUGCCUCAGAAACCACUGCACCCAGCCAUUCAUCCACAGCAGGCAGCAGCACAGGGACACCAACACCUCAGCUCACCUCCUCAGCCCUGCCCCAGGCACAGCCCACGGCGCAGGUGACGGCCACUUCACCUCCCUCACCCUCCGCAGCUACAGCCGCUGCAGGCAGCAGUGCCACAGCUCCUCCUGGAAAAAAGGAGGGUUCCACCAUGAACCAGAGGGACACAACAACAACUGAGGCCUCCCAUUCUCUGCCAGCCACAUCCCCGGUGUCCACGGUGGGUGGAGAAGGGAGAACAGACACUGCACCCACAACAACAAUGUCAGAACGGGGCUCACUGGGGACGUCUCCUGGGAAUGGUGCAGGGUUCCCAGCAUUCCCAACAACAGGAACUGGCACCACAGCUGCCCCAGAGAGUGGCACUGCUUCUUCCCUGUCCUUCAGCUCAACGGUGACGAGCUACUCCUCCUCCUCUCCUGGGGGCUCCCCAGCUGUGCCUCCCAGCCCACAGCAGAGCAGCACCACUGGGAUGCCCUUGGCCACCACAUCCCACCCAUCCACAGCCCUGGUGUCCUCCUCUCCAUUCUCCACUGCUGGCACUACAGGCAAUGAGCUCAUUGAGAACAGCGCAGCUGCCACCACAACCAGCACCAAACCAGUGCCUUCCACCUCUGGCACCUCUUCCAUGGGCUCCUCAGCUGUGCCUCCCAGCCCACAGCAGAGCAGCACCAGCAACGCCACUGGGAUGCCCUUGGCCACCACAUCCCACCCACUCACAACCCUGGUGUUCUCCUCUGGCACCUCUUCCAUGAGCUCCGCAGCUGUGCCUCCCAGCCCACAGCAGAGCAGCACCAGCAACGCCACUGGGAUGGCCUUGGCCACCACAUCCCACCCACCCACAGCCCUGGUGACGGCCACUUCACCUCCCUCAUCCUCCACAGCCACAGCCUCUGCAGGCAGCAGUGCCACAACUCCUCCUGGAGAAGGGAAAAGUUCUACCAUGAACCAGGGGGACAGAACAACUGAGCCCACUGCCAACACCUCCCAUUCCCUCCCUGCCACAUCCCUGACAACCCUAUCCACGACAAACAUCAGUACAUCAGCAUCUGUUAAUCCUUCCAUUACUACGACUUGCUUGGCAGUGUCCAUCGAAGUUCAGAACGUGACUGAAGAAGAAAUACAGCUCAGCUGGAGCAGCAGCAGCAGCACAGGCAGCCUCUACAGCAUCUCUGUCAAGGAUGGAAAGGAGAUUAAUACAAGAACUACAAAUGAGACAGAAGCUGUGAUUAAAAACCUGCUUCCUGGCCAUGAGUACAACAUUUCUGUGGCACUGUCAUCCUGUGCUGGGAGCAAUCCUGCUUCAGUCGCUGUCCGAACAGAUUCUGGUUCCUGUUUUGAAAGAACUGAGUUUUGUUUAUCACAAAGUACUGGCUGUUCUGACUUAAAAGGCACUGUGUGCUCCAAUGACCAAGCAUUUUCCUGCAGAGUUUGGUUGAAAAACGAGACAUUUAAUAAUACACUUUAUAACUCUGAUAGUGAAAGCUACAGAAAAAUGUUUGAAAGUCUCAAAAAAGAGGUUCUUGAAGCAAUGCACGCUGAACUGGGGAAUAACCACUCUGAUAUUUUCAUUCUGGGGUUCAGACCUGGCAGUGUGAUUGCUGAUUUUCUCUUUCUGCUGCCAAAAGAAGAAGCCAUGGAUGUGGGUGAUAUACAGACCCGCCUGAGUAAUGUAUUAAGGAGCAAGUUUGGGAGCCAAAGCCAAGUGCAAACUCUGUAUGUUCAGUCAUCAACUGACAACAUCUCCUCCUGGAGAGCAGCAGUGAUUGUCCUUGGAGUUCUGCUUGGAGUUGCAUUAGUGCUGAUUCUGCUGGCAAUUCUGUUUUACAUCCAUGUGAGGAGAAGAUCAGGUAAAUACUUGGUUGAACCCUCAGGACUCAUCGGAAUGUUUGUCUACAAGCACUUAUAAGAUAAACCAUCAGCUUCACUUAAAUGUUUUGGCCAAGGCAGAAAAUUAAUAUAUUUAUCUUAUAAUUUGAUGUUCAUUGUGCAUAAUAACUUGAGAUAAUAGCACCCUUUCCUUCCCAAUGUCCAUUGCCAAACUCCUGAGCUUCUAACAACACCUAAUGAAUCUUCCUUUAAACAGGUAUGGAUUUUUCCCCAUUGUACACGUGGUAGAGUGAGGAACAGAGAAACUUCUCUUCAGCCUAUCCCAUAUAGGUACUGCAAUGACUUUUAACACUGGCAAUCUAGAGAGACAAG